AUGGAGAUCCAAUGUCAAGGCGAAGCCUUGGGCGAAGCGCAACGGAAAGAAAUGGCCAAGGCCUUCAACUUCUUGGCUCUCCGCGUGCAAGGCGCACUUGCUCGAAAGCGCAGUGGACUCCCAUUGCUGCUACCAAAGUCAGAAGUGCCCAAAUUGCUGCGCGGCUGCGGACGAGCCCCAAGCAAUGCAGAUCUGAAAGAGCUACUGGAAUCCGUCAGCGAUGAAGGUCUUCUGCUCGAGGACUUCAUCACACUCUACGAGAAAGCUUCAGAGAAGGCCUUGCCCAGCGAACAUCAGCUCCUGGAUGCCUUGAGGGCCUUGGAUUUGACGGGCUCCGAUUCACUGGAUCCCAAGGCUCUAAAAAUCAUUCUAUGUGGGAUGGGGGAUAAACUUGGACUCACUCAUGUGGACCAGAUCUUGCAGGGCGUGCCGAAGGAUGGUCUGGGACGCGUCAGCUGUCGACAAUUGGCCCGAAAGCUCUCGAAGGGACCGGACGGGGUGUUGCAUUUCUGUUACCGGGAGGCCUCAGAAGCGUACCAAAGUGUCAUGUUGAAAUGGAAGGUGCACAAGAACGCAUAUCAAGCGUUCCAUCGCCCUUUCGCCCUUCGACCAGAUCGCCGACCAGCGCUUCAGUGCCAGGAACCACAGGAAGGUCGCCGCGUGCGGAAACAUGGCGAGCAAGGCCCCACGCAGAGCCUGGCGGCCAUCCAGAGUAGUGAGAGGUGGUGUUUGGUGCUGCAGCCCCAGAGCAAGAUUCGACUAGUGAUGUCCAUCCUGGGAUUGAUUUGUAUCACCUGGGAUGUGGUCUUUAUUCCGGUGCAGUCCUUUGACAAUUUGUCGGAUGUCUUUGAGGAAGUGUUGCAGGUGGCCACAGUCUUAGUCUUUUUCUAUUGGGUUAUAGACUUUUUGCUGCAGUUCAUCAGUGCUCCAGACAACACCUCCAACGCGGUGGACCUGAAGCAGCACUUGGCACUUGAUGGUUCCCCAGGCCUUUUCUCGGCCGAAGCCGCUAUCGAAGCCCGCUCGGCGACCACGGGGCUGAACUCGGUGCGCUUGAUCCGCGUGCUGCGCUUGUUGAGGAUGAACCUGAGAAGCGUCGAGGGAGGCAGCGUGUUUGCAUCCAAGCUGGCUCCGGAAGAAUCUCCAGGUUUGCUGCGCUUGAGCCGGGUACAAAAGACUUUAGUCUCCAUACUGACACGCUUCAUUUCGGUCUAUUUUUGGAUGGCCAUGCAGAUGAUGAAGGGCAUCAUGAUCAUCCUGGUGAUCAAUCACUACGUCACGAUUGGAUGGCUUGUUCUAGGUGUCUACUACCCCGGCCGCACCUGGCUCUCCGACUUUCAGCUUCAAGAGGUCGACUUCUCCGAACAAUACGUUUAUGCCUUCCAUUGGGCAAUCGCGCAGUUCUUACCAUCCACCACCAAUAUCUCGCCGGUUCAUGGUUUGGAACGCUUGUAUGCAGUUUUAGCAGUGCUGCUCUCGUUCGGUGUGCUCUCCUCCUUCAUCACUGGUGUCACCAACACCGUGAAUGCCUUGCGCGCCGUGCGGGUGAGUUCCUUGACGCAGGAGGCCAAGUUGCGUCAAUUCUUUGUGGAACGCAAACUGCCGGCCAGAUUGCUGAAGUUGUGUUUGAACGCUUACCAUGAGAAGGCAGAAUCCGCCUCCAUCUUCGAACAGGACGUGGCCAUCUUGCAGACGUCGCCUGAGAGGUUGCGGGCCAAGGUGCACGAGGAGAUGUUCAAACCCGUCUUCAUGCGGCAGUGCUGGACGUCCAGUGCCAUGAAGGAUAAUUCCUGGCUGUUGAUCAACCUUUGUCACUUGGCCAUCACGGAGCAGGCGACCGAGAAGUCGCAGGAUGUCUUUUUGACAGGGACUGAUUGUCAUGGCGCCGUGAUUUUGACCCAUGGCCUCAUGUUCUACAGCGACGACUAUCAGAUGUCCAGCCUAAGCACCGGCGGCCCUGGACGGCGUCGUCAGAAUCGAUCGACUGACCUGGGACAGCAAAUCCAGGAAGGCCAGUGGCUUUGUGAGAUCAGCCUCUUCAGCCAGUGGUGGCACCGUGGUCAGCUCUCGGCGCAAGGUGCAGCACUUUACGCUUUCCUGGAUGCCACCAAGUUUGUCCAUUUGGUCGCUGAAAAUGGCGGCUUUGCCUACAUGUUCUUGCGCACCUUUGGUAUCCUGCUCACCGCCUAUGUGGAAGAUUUGAUGUCCACAGAGAUGGAGUCCGACAUUGUGGAGCAGGAGAGCCUCCGUCAGCUGCGCGACCGCGCGCAACACUUUAUGCAGAUCUCAAAGGUCGUCACUGGUGAGUUGAAACGCAAUGGCAGUUUUUGA